AUGGCGUCGGUGUCGCCACCUAAACCGUGGGAGAGAGCAGGCGCUGCUACCGGUAGGUCCUGGUCGACGGCCUUUUCCCGAUCUUCGCAUCCCACUCGUCACAAGCGGAGUCAUCGAUCGCUUUACCCCAGACUGCUAACACCAAUCCCCCCGUCCGAAGGAAACACACUAUCCACAGCACCUACCGCCGGCAGCCCAGCUGCCUCGAAUGCGAUGACCACCACAUCGCCUACCACAGACAACCCCGCAACUGCAUCAACCGCUCCCGACCUCCCCUCUCGCCCCAACACUCUCAACUCCGUCGUCAACAACAACGCCUCUAGCUACUCCCCCUAUGGUGCCUCGCGUUUAGGCACCAGCCCGUACGGAGGCUACAGCGGCAUGAGCUCUAUGGGUGGCUAUGGCGGCUACUCGUCGCCUUACUCCCGUUUCGGAUCCAUGGGAGGCAUGGGCUCCAUGUACGGUGGCUAUGGCGGUUACGGAGGGAUGUACGGCGGUAUGGGCGGUAUGGGAGGGAUGUAUGGAGGCAUGCCGGGGCAGGACCCUAAUGACCCCAACAGCCUGACCAACUCGUUCAGCCAAAGCACGCAGGCGACCUUCCAGAUGAUCGAGAGUAUCGUCGGCGCUUUCGGUGGAUUUGCCCAGAUGCUGGAGAGCACUUACAUGGCGACUCACAGUUCAUUCUUCGCGAUGGUCUCAGUCGCAGAGCAAUUCGGAAACCUCCGCAACACCCUCGGCUCGGCCCUGGGAAUUUUCACCAUCAUUCGCUGGUUCCGCACCCUUCUUGCUAAACUGACCGGCCGACCACCCCCCGCCGAUGCCACGGCUCUCACCCCUGCGGCUUUUGCAGCCUUCAUGGGUGGUCGUGCUGCCCCGGCCACCCUUCCCGACGGCUCGCCCGCUCCUCCUAAGCCGUCGAAGAAGCCAUUCUUCAUGUUCCUGGUAGCCCUCUUCGGUCUCCCCUACCUCAUGGGCAAGCUGAUCAAGACCCUCGCCCGCUCGCAAGAGGAGGAGGCCCGCCGUCGCCAGCAACUCGUUGGACCCAACGGCGACCCCCAGUCCGCCGCGUCUCUGGACCCCUCCAAGCUGGACUUCUGCCGCGUCCUGUACGACUACUCUCCCGAGACCCAGGAGAGCAAUGGCAUUGAUCUUGCCGUGAAGAAGGGCGACAUUGUCGCUGUUCUCAGCAAGUCCGACCCCAUGGGCAACGCCUCGGAAUGGUGGCGUUGCCGUGCCCGUGAUGGCGGUGUCGGCUACCUCCCCGGUCCUUACCUGGAGACUAUCCAGCGUCGUCCUGCCCAGCAGGCUAUUACAGCCGGUACUGAACCUGCUAGCCGAACGAACUCGAUGAACGGCGCCACAGCCGACCGUACCAAGAGUCUCUCCGCGCUCACGGCCCCCAAGCCUGGUGACGCACCGCCCGAAAUCAAGGGCAAGAUGGGCGACAUCUCUCCCGAAAGCUUCCAAAAGAGCACCUUCUAUUCGUGA